CUCUGAUGCUGUUUCCAGAGAGACGCAGGGGUGUUCCUCAACUGAAGAGCUGUAUCGGUCUGAUUCAGAGGGUUCAGACAGUGCGAUGGAAGAAGAGAGAACCUUGCUGCCUGGGGAAAAUCUGCAAACAGUUUCUCUGCACUUCCAGGUAGAUGUCCAUGCAGAACAGCAACGUGCUACCAAUAAUUGCUCUGAAGGUGAACUGGAAGCUUCACACUUGCAGCAGGCCAAGGGGGAUGGGGCUCUGGAGCUGGACAGUAAACCCCUGGAGGUGCCACCAAAUGGGGAGAAUGGGAUUGAAGACAGUAGAGUUGCGCACGACUCAGAUCAGGAAGCUUCAUCCCAGAAGCCCUCUCAGAACAUUGCAGUGCAGACUGACUUCAAGACUGCUGAUCUGGAGGUGAGCACAGAUCAAGAUAUUGAAAAGAACUUGGGCAAAAUGAUGUCUGAAAGGGCCUUGUUGAAGGAACGUUACCAGGAAGUGCUAGACAAACAGAGGCAGGUGGAGAAUCAACUCCAGGUGCAGCUCAAGCAGCUCCAGCAACGAAGGGAAGAAGAGAUGAAGAAUCACCAGGAGAUCCUGAAGGCCAUUCAGGAUGUGACGAUCAAACGAGAAGAGACCAAGAAGAAGAUGGAGAAAGAGAAGAAAGAAUUCUUGCAAAAGGAGCAGGAUCUGAAAGCCGAAAUUGAGAAGCUCUGCGAGAAAGGCAGAAGGUUACUGAAGGAACAGGAGGAGAAGGAAAAUAAAAUUGUUUCUCUAAUCGCAGAGCAGUCUGAUGAAAAGGAGGUAUGGGAGAUGGAACUAGAUAAGCUGAAGAACCAGCACAAUGAGAUCAAUAGGAACAUCCUGGAGGAAACAGAAAGGGCUUGGAAAGCAGAGAUAUUGUCUUUGGAGAGCCGGAAGGAGCUGCUGGUUCUGAAACUAGAAGAAGCCGAAAAAGAGGCGGAGCUACACCUCACCUACCUCAAGUCAGCACCACCCACGCUGGAGACCAUACGACCCAAGCAGGAGUGGGAAAUGAGGCUGAACAGGAUUCGAAUGACCAAAGAAAGUGUCCGGGACCAGUUCAAUGGUCACAUUCAGCUGGUGAGGAAUGGAGCAAAGCUGAGCAGCUUGCCACAGAUCCCAACUCCCACCCUGCCACCACCCCCAUCAGAGACAGAGUUCAUGAUGCCGGCAUUUCAGGCCAAUCCAUCCCGUACCCCCAGGCCCCCGUUCACCAUUGGGCCGGUCCCAGUUCCCAUGGUCAUGCCCAGUGCUGAUCCUCGGGCGCUCUCCUUCCCGCUCCUUAAUCCUGUCAUCUCCAGGCCUAAUCAGCCCUCACCCCCUCUGCCUGCUUCCCAAGGGAGGAACAGCCCCGUAUUGGCAUCUCUUGUCAGCACCCAUGGCCCUCACGUGACAUCUGCUGCCUCUAUCCCGCCUCCGCCAGGGCUCGGAGGAGUCAAGGGUGCUCAUGAGUUUCACAGGCCACAGCCAGUCGAUAAGCUGGAAAAGAUCCUGGAGAAGCUCUUGGCUCGAUUUCCCCAGUGUAACAAGGCCCAGCUGACGAACAUACUGCAGCAGAUCAAGACAGCGAGGAGAACCAUGGCAGGGCUGACCAUGGAAGAGCUGAAUCAGCUGGUAGCAGCAAAGCUGGCCGAGCAUCAGGGCGCAGCAGUGGGUUCUCAGUCACUUGGCCGAAUCAGGGCCCCCAUGUUUCCUGCUCCUCUGCCCCAGAUCAGCACCCCUAUGUUCCUGCCACCGGCUCAGGUGUCUUACCCAGGGACACCAUCACAUGCCCCCGCUACCUGUAAGCUGUGUCUAAUGUGCCAGAAACUCGUGCAGCCCAGCGAGCUCCACCCGAUGGCCUGUUCUCACGUGCUCCACAAGGAGGUGUCUCUCUGCCCUAUCCACAGGGAGAGACUCUGUUCCUCAUGUGCUUAGCUCCUUGGAUGAAAGGACUAUCCUGAUAGGGGCUGGGCCUCGUGAGCUCCAGACAUGAUGCCAUUUCUCUCCCACACCCGUCUAGGCCAUAGCACUUCCUGCUCCAGUGGGAGAAGGCACGGGCAGCUCACAAAAUGACUUUUCUAUAGUAGUGUCACUUCAUAGUACCUCCUCCCUUAGGUUAAAACAGACAAACUACCUGUAGCCAAAGGGACCCCACCACCAAACAGAGGGUGAACGUUGCACAUGGCGUCAAAGGGUGAAUGCAGUCUGGGGGGGACGCACACACGGCAGCAUCCUACACGCAUAAUUGCAGCCCAGCACGUGGAGCUGGCCUCACUUAGCAUGCUAUAGAAGGUGCUUGAAGCUACCAUUAAAUUGGCCAUUCUCCGGUGAAGUGAACAGCAACAAUGCAAGCUUCCCUCCUCCAUCCUGCUACACACUCAACCCUACCUUCAUGCUUUGUUCAGUCUUUGGCCUCUGCUGAGCCCUACCACUGGUCGGUUUGUACCGUAGACACCUUUCCCUGCGCUGAACCAGGUUGCUCCUCUCAGGAGCCCCAGCCUGCCUCACAGCUACUGCUGGCCUGCGCCAGAUUUAAGAUGAGGAGCCAGGUUUCCUAUCUCACUAGUGGAGCUGGCUGAACAGUGCCAAGCACGUCCUGCCCAUAUUCAAACGUUGGAACAAACUACCCUAGCUGAGUCACUUGUCUUUGCUUUCUGCAGUUGUGCUACUCGGGGGGAUUGCUGGCAACAGCAACUUCAAAUUUUAGUUCUAAAAUCUGAGAGUUAAUGAUCAUCCAGGUGUGGAUGGAAAUGAACUAAAUUAUUCUGCCUAGCGCUGCUGCACUGUUAAAUACCUGAACUGAGCAGCAGUCCAGGGGUCAUUGGAGAAAUUAAGCAAAUAAUUUCAGCCUAUGAAUACAUAUGAGAAAAGCAUGAGCUGUUAGUGGAAUUUGUGUUGCAGUGGAAUGGGUCAGAGGUUCUCCCUCACCCUACCCCAUUCCUGACCUGUGAGCCAUCCCCACCUGUUGAGAAUGUACAGAGGGGAAUGCUGAACUGAUAACUAGAACUCCGCACCCUUGUUACCCAAUGUGCUUGCUUCCACUAUGACCUUUGUCUCUUCCCAUGGUAUGCGGGACGUCUGGGCUCCAUAACAAUGUCAGUGAAUCUCGCUGAGUUCUCCACUCAAGUCAGGAACUUCCCAUACCUGCCCUAACCCUAAAGAGUCCUCAGCAGCUCAGACCCCUCCACCACCCUCCCCCCAUCCUUCCUUGCACUCUGAGUUGCCCCCCAGACAAUGAGCAGGGGCUGAACACAAGGCUUUUCUGUUUAAUGUAAUAAUUUACUGUGUAA